UUGAUACCAUUGAAGAAAGAUCGCUUUGAAUAUUUUGGAACGAUUUAAACAAUUUUUUGUGUUCUGUGAGAAACGGGAGAGAGAAGCGAUUCGGAUUUAGUUCGUUGAAUGAGUUGGAAACCAGUUUCAGACAGUUAAUUGACACGGUUUCGAGCGGUUCGUUUGAAGUGAAAGCUCCGAGGAUUAAAAAUCAGCGAUAUCGAUGUGUGAUUUUAACAAGUGAUACAACAGAGAGACAAGAAACAUUUAAUCGUGGAAGCGAUUUGCAAGUGAAGUGAAACUAUGGUAAACAUUGAUCCCACAAUCAUGAAUGGACAAACAGUGUUUAGUGUGGCCAGAGCGCCUCUAAAGUCUAGUUUUUCGAUCAACUCGAUCCUGCCGGAAACGGUGAUGCAGAGUUCCCCGACAGAGACUCCGUCUCCGUCGCCACAUUCGUGCCAUUCUCCGAUUGGAUCGGAAGAACAGGAUCAUGAUCUGACAGAUACCGAGUCGGAUUUGGAUGUGACCGGAACUCCACCGCCAAUGGAUUGUAGCAAUAAGGACAAAUCGGAUGAUACCGAGGAAGGAGCCUCCAGCCCGAAGGAUGGUGAGAAGAAGGGUAACGAGAAGCCGCCAUACAGUUACAACGCCCUGAUCAUGAUGGCCAUCCGGCAAAGUGCAGAAAAGCGUCUGACGUUGAACGGAAUCUACGAAUACAUCAUGCGCAACUUCCCGUACUAUCGGGACAACAAACAGGGCUGGCAAAACUCGAUCCGCCACAACCUGAGUCUCAACAAGUGCUUUGUGAAAGUGCCUCGCCACUACGACGAUCCCGGCAAAGGUAACUACUGGAUGUUGGACCCAUCGGCCGAAGAUGUGUUCAUUGGAGGAUCAACUGGAAAGCUGCGUCGCCGUUCAACAGCUGCAUCCCGCAGUCGAUUGGCCGCCUUCAAGCGAUCCCUCGUCGGGCCCAUGUUCCCAACCUUGGGAUAUCCGCAGUUCAACCAGUUCAUGUACCCAUCACCUGCCCAUGCCCAAACCGCCCUACUAGCCCAGAUGUACUCCCGGUAUUCGCCGUACGCACCAAACAUGGCCCCGAAACCUGCCCUCCCUCUGCCACUUCAGCUGCCCGUCGGUGCCUCACCUUUCGGCAUGGAUCGCCUCUUUGCCGCCGGCGUUCCACCUCAACUACAGCACCAACCCCCAAUGCCAACACCCCAGCAAGCUCAAGCCGAACUCUACCAAAGACUGCAAUACCAACAGCUGCUGCAACACCACGCGGCCCAAGCUCAAGCCCAGGCUCAAGCUGCCCACCAUCAGCUCCAAGUGUCGCAAGCCAGCCCCACCGAAUCCCACCACCAACAGCACUCACCUACCCUGCCCAGCCACUCACCCAUCAGCCAUCUGCCCCCGCAAGGAUCCCCGACGGGACCCAUCUUCAAACCGAUCGUCGUCUCCCGGCACAGCUGAGGACAAUCACCCAAUCCCAAUCGCGGCACCCAAAGCCCAACCUUCUAGUGCAAAUACUUAUUUAUUCCAACGAUGUUACAUAAAUAGUAGUUAUGAUAGAAGAACAAUUCCUCAGAAGAGUUCUGCCUCAGAAAAAAUCAAAGAGAUUGGCAAACGCCACACCAGUGAUAUUCCUCAAAACAAGAAAAAAGCGGUGGACGAUGGAUUAUAGGUGAUAAAUUAAGGUGGCUUCCGGCGAUUCAUCCGGAACCAAGCAUCAGAGCGAUUGCUGGGCCAAUCCUCACGCUUAAAACAGGAGAAUUCCCGCCGGGAACGUGUGAUCAGCUAGUGACUUAAUAUUAUGAGUCUUAUUCAAAAGUUUUUUUUCUAUGAAAAAAAAUCGAUAUUGUUUUUUGCUACUCUGUUAACUGGUCUUUGUUGCAAUGUGUAAGAUAGGAAAAAAAUCCAACAGAAACCUAUGUAAAUAUGCACUUUAGGAAAAUUGUAUAAUAACGAAAAACAUUCGAAAAAACAAAGUUAUCAAAGAAUCAAUUGUAUAUUCCUUUGUGUAGACCGAAAAGUAUUAGCAAUUUUUUAUUUCCCUCCCUUCUCGUUAGCCAUGUAAGUGAAAACUUUAUAUAAAUUAUAUUUUUUUGUCGAAAGAAAACAAAAAAUCAAACCACAAAAAAAUACAAAACAAAAU